AUGGCGGCGUCGACCCAGUCUCCCAACGGGCUUCCAUCCAUGGACAGCUUCGUUGUCGGAAUCAUCGGCAUGGGCGACAUGGGCAAGAUGUAUGCCCGGAGGCUCAGUGCUGCCGGAUGGAGGAUCCUGGCAUGUGAUCAGGAAGAAAAGUUUGAAGCUCUACGGGAGGAGUUCUCUGGACACAAUAAUAUAACAAUUCAUCGCAACGGCCACCUGGUAUCUCGAGCUAGCGACUACGUCAUCUACAGUGUUGAGGCGGCAUCCAUCGGCCGCGUUGUAGCCCAGUAUGGACCAUCUACCAAGCAGAGUGCCAUCGUCGGCGGCCAGACGUCCUGCAAGGAUCCUGAGAUCAAAGCUUUCGAGCAGCACCUCCCGAGCGACGUGGACAUAGUGUCAUGCCACUCUCUACACGGGCCAAAUGUAGACCCCAAAGGACAGCCUCUGGUCCUGAUACCACACCGCACCAAUAACCCCUCCUCGCUAGCAACAGUCGAAGCCAUCCUCAAGUGCUUCAACUCCAAAAAGGUGAUACUCACAGCGCGCGAGCACGACCGCAUCACGGCCGACACGCAGGCCGUGACGCACGCCGCCUUCCUCUCGAUGGGCAAGGCGUGGCACGCGUCCGAAGAGUUCCCGUGGGAAGGGGCGCGGUACGUGGGCGGGAUCGAGAACGCAAAGAUCAACCUGAUGCUGCGCAUCUACGCGCAAAAGUGGCACGUGUACGCCGGGCUCGCCAUACUCAACCCCGAGGCGCGCAAGCAGAUCGACCAGUACGCGCGCUCGACCACGGAGCUGUACAAGCUCAUGCUCGAGGGCCGGGCCGAGGAGCUGCGGCGGCGGGUGCUGGCGGCGCGGGAUCGCGUCUUUGGCCCCGAGGGUGCGCCCAAGUGGGAGGAGCGGCCGCUGCUGAAGGACGGGCUGCUGGACCGCUUCAGCCUGAAGCCGGAAGGCGGCGGCGGCGGCGAGCGCCAGCAGAUCCUGCCCAACAACCACCUCAGCCUGCUGGCCAUGGUGGACUGCUGGAGCGCGCUGGGCAUCGUGCCGUUCGAUCACAUGAUCUGCUCGACGCCGCUGUUCCGGCUGUGGCUGGGCGUCACGGAGCACCUCUUUCGCAGCCCUGCGCGGCUGGACGAGGCGUUACGCAUCGCCAUCGAGGACAACACGUUCCGGUCGGACGACCUCGAAUUCACCUUUGCCGCGAGGGGUUGGGCAGAGUGCGUGAGCCUGGGUCACUUUGACACGUGGCGUGAGAGGUUCAUCGUCACGCAGCGCUUCUUUGAGCCGCGGUUCGCCGACGCCAUCAAGGUCGGGAACGAGAUGGUCAAGGCGGUGCUCGAGUCCUCCAAGGAUACAACAUCAUCAACAGCAGGACCGGCAGCAACGGGGCGGCAGCAAAGCAGCGCAACAAAGCUCGCAGAGAGGCCGGCGCGGACACGUUUCGCCCCAUCCCCAACCGGGUUCCUGCACCUUGGCUCCCUCCGCACCGCCCUGUUCAACUACCUGCUCGCCAAGGCCACGGGCGGACAGUUCCUGCUCCGGCUCGAGGACACGGACCGGACGCGGAUCGUGCCAGGUGCCGAGGCUCGCCUCUACCAGGACCUUAGGUGGGCAGGUCUGUUCUGGGACGAAGGGCCCGACGUGGGCGGGCCGAGAGGGCCGUACCGGCAGUCGGAGCGCCUCGAGCACUAUGCCAAAUACGCGCGGCAGCUGCUCGACUCCGGCCGGGCCUACCGCUGCUUCUGCACCAAGGAGGAGCUCGCGGCCUCGCAGCUCGCGUCCCAGGCCGACAGCGCCGCCGCCGGCCGCUACCCGGGGACCUGCCUCGCCGUGUCUGCGGACGAGUCCGAGGAGAGGGCCGCAAGGGGAGACCCGCACGUGAUCAGGUUCAGGAGCAACACCACGCCAUUCGCCGUGCCCGAUCUCGUGUACCGUCGCUUCAGAAAGAAGCACAUGGAGGACGACUUUAUCAUCAUGAAGAGCGACGGCUUCCCGACGUACCAUUUCGCCAAUGUCGUCGAUGACCACCUUAUGGACGUUACCCACGUCAUCAGGGGAGCCGAAUGGCUGAUAUCGACGCCUAUGCACUGUGACCUCUACGACGCCCUGGGCUGGAAGGAACCGAUAUUCGCCCAUGUCGGUUUGCUGGUCAACAAAGACCGACAGAAACUAAGCAAGCGCAACUCGGACAUCCAGAUAUCAUCAUACCAAGAACAAAACAUACUCCCCGAGGCCCUCGUCGACUUUGUGGCCCAUCUCGGCUGGCGGGCCCCGUCGAAGAAGGGGGCGCUGACUCUUUCAGAUCUCGUCCAGCACUUCGAUUUGAAAUUCACCAAGGGCGACAUCGUCACAGACCUCGACAAGAUACAAUAUCACCAGGUUCAACAUCUUGUUCGACAGCUAGAAAACGAAAACACGGCAGCAGGGCAUGAUUCCAUAGGCGCCAUCGUUGAUACAGUCUCCGGCAUGUUCAGUGGCUUUGAGAAGCCUACGGACGGCCUACACGCGGCGCUAAAAGGCGAACACGAUAGUGCCGACAGACGAGAGUACAUCCGCGCAGUGCUUCGCCUCUUGAGCAACAAGGCUUGGCCGCUUGAAAAGGUUGUCGAGGGCAACAUGCAUCUCUUCUGGCGUCCGACUAGCCAACAACUGCGUGAUAACUUGGACCAGCUCCGGAAGUCACUGGGCUCCAUCACGAUCAACAACGCGGAUGGCGACGUUCAUGGUGCCCUGGCGCUCAUCCAAGACGCCCUCAAAGGUAUCAGCGAGGACAAGUGGGACGCUGAAACCCUCAAAGACUCGAUGACAUCGAUACACUCGGCCAUAAGUUGUCGGGAUGUCCAAGGAAACGAGAUACCCCAUGCCAACUACAAGCUCUGGAGGUGGUUCCUGCUCGGAUCAAAUCCAGGCCCAGCCGUACACUCAAUUUUGGAGUUGUUCGGCCGAGAUGAGACUUUGGACCGUCUAGAGGAGGCUAUGGAUGUGCUUAGGCGCUCGCAGGAAGAUCCCGUCAAGGAUGCCGCAGCAGCCUCAGCGUAG